UACCACAUUCUUCUUAUUACAACAUUUUCAUCGUCUCUUGGCAUACAGGUUUGGUUUCAUCUUCUCCAAAUGAUUUUUUCUUUGAACGUUUUGCUUAUCUUGGUUAGAGUUUCUCUCUCGGGAGCGAUUCUUGAUGCCAAUUAUUAUCAGAAGACUUGCCCUCAAGUUGAAGAUAUCAUCUACACAAGUGUUCGUAAUGCUACCGCUAAUGAUCUCAAAGUUCCUGCCCGUAUCCUCAGAAUGUUCUUCCACGAUUGUUUCAUUAGGGGAUGCGAUGCAUCGGUGUUGCUAGACUCGACCCCGGAGAACAAAGCAGAGAAGGACGGUCAUAUCAACCUCUCACUGGCCGCAUAUAACGUGAUUGAUGAUGUCAAAACAAUGCUCGAGCAAUCUUGCCCCGCAACGGUCUCUUGUGCAGAUAUAAUAGCCAUUGCUGCAAGGGACGUCGUCGUUAUAUCCGGAGGUCCCAGUUGGAGCGUGCUGAAAGGCAGGAAAGACGGGAGAAUCUCGAGAGCAGAAGAAACCAAAACCCUACCGCUUUCCCACGACAACACAUCUCAGCUCAUCCAGAGCUUCUCUCAGAGAGGCCUCUCCGUCAAAGACUUGGUCACUCUCUCCGGGGGCCAUACGCUCGGCCGCUCCCGCUGCUCCGAGUUCGACUACCGUCUCCGCAACUUCAGCGCGGCCCACGACACUGAUCCCACUCUCGACCCGGAAUUCGCCACCGAAUUGAAGAGCAAGUGCCCCGAACACAAUAAGGAUCCUAAUGCGGGUGAGAACUUGGAUUCGACUGGUUUGGGUUUCGACAACGACUAUUAUAAACGGAUUGUUGGAGGGAAAGGGUUGUUGGUGUCGGAUCAGACGCUGUUGGGGGAUUACAGGACCCGGUGGAGGGUCGAGGCGUUCGCGAGGUACCGGCGCUUGUUUUUCUGGGAGUUUGGUCCGGCGAUGGUGAGGCUUGGGAAUGUCGGAGUGGUUGAGAGUGGAGAGGUGAGGGUGAAUUGCAGAGUCGUGAACUGAGGGAAACAUGGAGAGCCGGUUUUUUAUGGGUGGAAUGUACAAUGUUCUUGAGUUUUUG